CUACUUUCCGUUAAUAAACGGCCGAUGUUUCAAAUUAAUCUUCAACGGCGCCGUAAGAAAAACCCCCCAUUCACCUCCCUCAAUUGCAAAUGAGUGCCUGCAAAACCCUAAUCCGUACUUCACUAUCAUGUCUGGAAUUUCGAGCUCGAACCCCAAAUUCAACUACACUACGCCGUUUUGCUUCUUCACUUUUACCUCAUUCAGGUCUGAGAAUCAAACCCCAGAAGCCUUUUGCGGUUUCGAGAAGCUUCAGCCACGUGGAAGGAGCUAUUCCUCUGGAUACUUGCGAUUCAACAGAGGGAGCUUUCGAAGGAGAGCAAGAUUCAAUUAAAGAUACGGUGGAAGAAUUACUUACCAAAAAUAAGGAUGAUAUUUCAAGUUUGAUGAAAAUGGAGCGCCGUUUGGAAAACUGCGACGGCGAUAAGAAGGGGGGGCGUUGGUUUCCGUAUUUGGAUAAAUGCAAAGCAGGGGAAGUUUAUCUGAGCAGCGGUGAAGUUAUAGAAGCGAUGGAUCCGUAUAUAAUGGAUGUGAGGAAGGAUAGGUUUAAGAAUGCGGUGAAUAAUCGGAGCUAUUCAGUGUGUUUGGUGGUUGAGGGAUUGACCGAUUUUGGGAAUGUUUCGGCCGCUUUCCGAUCUGCUGAUGCGCUUGGAAUUCAGUCUGUUCAUGUUGUUUCGCCUGACAGCUCGAGAAGGUACAGAGACAAUCGCCACGUCAGCAUGGGAGCAGAGAAAUGGCUGGAUAUCGAGCUUUGGAAUUCAGUGAGCGAGUGUUUCGGAAUUCUGAAAGCACGUGGUUAUAGAAUUGCCUCAGCCCACCUUGGGACGGAUGCGGUGUCCGUCUAUGAUGUUGACUGGUCAUGCCCGACAGCAAUAGUAGUUGGAAAUGAACUUAGGGGGAUAAGCAAAGAGGCACUUGCGCUGUCGGAUUUGAACUGCAGUAUACCGAUGAGAGGCAUGGUAGACUCGUUUAAUGUUUCAGUAGCUGCUGGCCUUCUUAUGCACCAAGCUGUAUUCGACAGGACUUCGCGCAUGGGUGGUCAUGGGGAUCUAACGGAGGAAGAGAACAAGAUUCUCCUAGCAGAGUUUUAUCUGCGCCACAACAAAAACACCAUUCGGAUUGCCAACGAGUUUUCCAAGAGGAAGUUAACUAGCCCUACAUCGAAACUGUGAAAACGAUUGUCUGUUACUUAUCAAGAUACAUUACCAAAGAAAGUGUCGCAAAUUACGUUGAGACUUUUACAGGUGCAAUUUUGUUUUCUUCUUUUCUUGCUUCGAUUCUCUUAGGUCUAAUUGUGGUAACAGAUGUUGGCAAAUGUCUAUAACUGUAAUCUAAUACUUUUCUCGUUAAACAGGUUACGAUGAAUUGUUGUUAGGUAAUAAUAUUGCAAAACCAAUAAUUUUGACAAAAGAUCUUUUGAGGGAAUGUCGAAAACUGCAUCGUUUACCGAUAUAUACUGGAGCUUCGUGUUAAGAGUCAAUUUGUAGAAGAAUGAAGUCUCCAUUGUAGCAGACUAUGAGCUGCUUGUAAGAUCUGUACAAGGUUGUUAAGACUACCUGUAUACAUGCAUUCGCUUCGUUUUUUCAUGUUUCUUCAAAAGAAUCUUGAUUA